UGUUUUUGUUUUACUUUGACAUGGUGGUCGCGUAUAAAACCAUUGCAAAAUAUUAGUCUAUCAUCUUGACACAUUACACAUACAGCAUAAUUAUUUCCGAUACGGUUUGUUAGGAGCGGCGAGGAUAGUACACAAUGAUAACCCGCACGCACUUCCAUACUUAAGACAAAGGUAAAUAUUGUUCAGAGACCUAUCGGAGGCUAUCCACAAUCAUGAGCGACUUUAAGGGACAACCUCUUGGUAAUCCACAACCCCCACCCCCGGGGUACAGUCAGCCACCUCCUGGCUAUGGACAGCAGACGACCGUUGUCAUGGGGGCUCAGCCAGUAAUGAUGGCGCAGGUCUUUCGCGAGACCCCGGUCGCCAUGCAGUGUCCAUACUGUCAUGCCAGCAUCACGACCAGCACAGCGUAUGAAACGGGGACCCUGACCUGGAUCAUCUGCGGCGUACUCAUCCUCUUUGGGUUGUGGCUUGGGUGUUGCCUGAUCCCGUUUUGCAUUGAUGGCUGCAAGGACGUCAUCCACAGCUGCCCCAGCUGUAACCAGACCGUCGGCAAAUUCAACCGGGUCUAGUGGUGGCCAUUCUUGGCGUUGCCACGUGACAAUGAAUCCAGGACCCGUGACUGCUGAUGAUUUGUAGAACUUUACCUGGGACUAAUCUUGCUUUUAUGGAGUUGUUUAUAAAGGGAAAACUUUCCUUGUAAUCCAGUUUUCAUUGAUAUUCCAUGUAUAUACACAUACAGAUCCUAAUAUGGUUGCAGGUUGUUUGUAUUAAUUUUUGUAUUUUUUUUUAUUUCAUCCUAUAUCAAUUGAUCUACAUUUUUUAUAUUGCAGCAAAAGCUAUGGAUAUCUAUUGAAUAUACGCAAACACAUCAGUCUUUUUAUAACUCAAUCUAGCUCUAUUCAUACUGUAUACUUAUGUUUGAACAAAAACAAAAAAAACCCAACUUUAUUUUUCUCCACAUGAUUUGUUUUUAAAAAAUUGAAAUGUUUCAUGUUUGAAUGUUAUAAAUGCUUUUAUUAAAGAUUUUUAAUCAU